CAUGAAAUGGUGGGCAUUGUGUAAAGGCAAUUUUGUAAAAGCUUUACACAUGGCUGUGUAAGUACAAAUACGGCAUCUUAGAUUCUGACGAGCCGAUGACGUAAGUUCAGAAUGCAUUGUGGGAGAAAAGUUAGCCAGACGCUAACAGAACGCUACAAAAACAGAUAGAAGAAGAACUCAGAGAGUCUGAGUCACAUCCAGUUCCCUUAAAAAGCAGCAGGAAACACUUGUCCUGUAACCGCCCUCUAUCAAACUGACCAACAGACAAGUUACUCAACAAACGAUCUAAAUUUCCUACAACUUAAAGUGCAACGUCAGCAGAUGAGUUCAGGACGCAGUGAGAUGGCGACACUCGAACAUCAACACUACUUCAGAUAAGGAACAUUUUAAAACAAUGUGGUUCAUAUUUUUGAUUUAUAAAAGAAUAAAUCAGUCAUGAAUAUCUUCUUUAGGAGAAAAGAAGAUAAAAAUAAGAUAAAAAUUCACUUUAAAGGAAACUUUCUGAUACUUUAGUCUACGCAGGUGAUCUCACCACCAACAAUGUGUAGAACGUGUCCAAACGGCCUCUUCAGCAGUUAAACUUUGUUUUCUCUGUUUGUGUUCAGACCCACAGGAGGGGACAGUGAAACCUGGACAGGACGUCUCUCUUCUCUGUAAGGCUCCCACAGGUGGUCCCAUCUCACUGAUAGCGUGGAGCAGACCGGACCUGAAGGCUGAUGGCUACGUCUUCUUCCUCAGAGACGGUCUCCACAUGAACUACCAGCAUCCUUCUUACGUGGGUCGAGUGGAGCUGAGAGAUCCAGACAUGAAGGACGGAGACGCUUCUGUUGUUCUGAAGAACGUCACCGUCAACGACUCUGGAACAUACGAGUGUCGGGUUGGGAAGAAAAACAAACCUGAACUCAUCGGCAUCAUCAGGCUGACGGUUUCAGGCUCAGCUGGAAACAUCUCAGCUGGAGGAAACAAGGACCAAGGAAACAAGGACCAAGGAAACAAGGACAAAGGAAACCCUGAUGGAAGAAACACACAUGUUGGACUGACAGCAAGUUUGUCAGUAGUCGUGAUGGUUGUUGCCAUUCUGUUUUGUCUUUAAAGGACAAAAGAGGGCCGUGGAAUCCAAACGGAUCCAGUGAACAGGUCAGAUUGUGACCAAGACUCUGAGGAGUCACAGUGAAACUCUGGACAAUAGACAGAGUGUGUAUAUAUGUAUAUUAUGCACCCUUAUUUACCCCGACUGAGGGGCCCUUGAGCAAGGCCCUUAACCCCAACCGCUCCAGUGGAGCUGCUCAGUGGCCAGCAGAUCAGACUGUGGUUGUACUGGGAAGCUUCCAAUCCACCACAUUUGUUUAAUACGUAUAAUAUUUCCUAAUGAGAAGUUGCGUGGAACACAAGGUUCUUGUUUUGGAAUAACUAGCUUUGUGGCUCUUGACACCGCGUUGUUUGGUGAAGCACUGAAAAGCUCAGGUGUUGCCCAUAGUAAAGAACUUUUAUGAUAUUUGGCAUAAUGCGUAAUGUCUGGACAUUUAGAUUAACAUUUUAAUAUUGUGCUGGUGUAUUUUUUACUGUUUACUGGGUUUGAAAGGAAAAGCUCAUUAACUCAUGUACUUUUUCACUUGUGUUAUCUGGGUUAGUUUUAGGAUUGUUUCGCUGUUUCAUAUUACAAUAAUGUUGUUCCUGGAAUCUUUGCCUUAAAAAAUAAUAAUUAACAAUUGAUCACAUAUACAUAUGUGUAAUAUCUAAAGAUGAUAUAUUACAGAUAUGUGUAUAAAAACUAUCCCCUCCGUGAGUUGCCACCUUAUCGUGGUGGAGGGGUUUGUGUGCUCACAUGAUCCUGGGAGCUGUUCUGUCCGGAGCUCUCAGCUCCUCGUAGGGUUUCCCACGACAGCUUGGUCCCAGGUGACGAGUCAGACGAAGAGCAAUUCAGACGACCGAAAGCUCAGGGAGGAGCGCUGUUGUUUAAAGGUGCUCCCCCUGCAUGAGGUGAAGAUUCACGUGGCUGUGAAUAUGUAGAAUAUAUUUAUACAUGUAUAUACAGUGUACAUGUUUAUAUUUA